AUAACUGUAAUCGGAUAACACCAGUUGUUUGGGUGGGAGGAUUGAAACCCAAUCCAUUCCCGCUUUACAGUGUGAGCUUAGGGUUUCGCGAUUAUGGCUUCCCUCUGCUCCAACCUUCACACCCCUCUCUCCUUUCCGCUUCUUCCUCGACAACAGAAGGUUCCCAGUUGCUUCUUCGUCAAUAGCAAGGUAAAUUUCAAUCAGAGAAAGGUGACAACCACGAGAAUGAUAACUUGCAAGAAAGCGAGCUCAAGGGGUCCUGACAGUGACAGGGUAGUCAAAAAUAAGUUUGAAAAAACUGUGGCGAAGCAGGGAGACAAAAAAUUUGUUCAUGAAGGCUUAAUUACCGAGUCGCUUCCCAAUGGUAUGUUUCGAGUUCUUUUGGACAAUAAGGAUUUAAUUCUAGGCUAUCUUUCGGGAAAGAUUCGGAAGAAUUUCGUACGUGUAUUGCCUGGAGACAGAGUUCGAGUUGAAUUGAGUCCUUAUGAUUCAACCAAGGGGCGUAUAGUUUAUAGACUUCGUAACAAGGAUCCAAGUGGAUAGCAGGGUAGAUUUCCUUGAUGUCUAUGCUGUUGUUAAUAUUCACUGGGUAUUAAGUUGAGGAACCUCCAACUAUGAAAACAGGGCUGUGUGGAGUAUAUGAGAAAAAAGCAAUUCCAUAUCAUUCGAGAAGCACCUGUUGCAAUUGAAAUUGGUUCAUCAUGCUAAACUUCAAAGCCGAUGGUAAUCAGAGGAUUAGUAUGGUGAGUUUCUUAGUAACAUGGCAUUAGAUUUUGGACAAGUAUUUGCCUUCUCUAGGAGUUUGGCUGAUUUAGAGAUUGGUGAGAACUAUUCUUGUUUUGUAUCCUUACUUUUGUCAGUUGUUUUAUGAUCAUUAUCAACCUUUCUUUGAAUUUUGUUUUAAUGAAUUUAUUUUUUGUUUGAA